UGCGCGGCGCACCGUGACCGUCACUCGUUCUCCUUCGCCCUGGGAUUUUCAGUGAUGGCGGCCGCACCAGACAGAUCCGAGGGCGUGAAUGCCGACCAUGGACCCCACAGCAAGGCGAGAAAGGGUAAGAAGAUGAACAAGAACAAGGAGAAUAAGGAGAAAGAUCUAGCCAUUGUGAAUGGAGAAUCGGAGCCCAGUACCAGCGGCCUUGUUCAGACGGAAGGGCUAGGGAUGAAUGCGCAUGUCCCACCUCGUCUCAUUCCGGAGGUGGAGAGGUACAUGCGGAAGAUGCAACUGCAGAAUCAAAAGGAAUACCACUUUUGGAAUACUCAGCCAGUUCCAAAGAUCAAUGAAGAAGUAGGAGAAAAUGUGAAUGAGGCAAUUGAGCCAGAUAAGAAGAUCGAAGACAUCAAGCAGGAACCUUACAAUUUACCUGAUGGGUUCAAGUGGGAUACGCUAGACCUGACCAAUGAAGAUGUGUUACAAAACUUAUACAACCUGUUAAAUGAAAACUAUGUGGAGGAUGAUGAUAACAUGUUCCGGUUUGACUACAGUAAAGAAUUCCUGCGAUGGGCUCUGAUGCCACCCAGUUGGAAGCCUCAGUGGCAUGUUGGUGUGCGGGUUACCAAAAGCAAUAGAUUAGUAGGUUUCAUCUCUGCCGUUCCAGCCCAUAUCAGGAUAUAUGACCAUACACAAGCAAUGGUAGAAAUCAACUUCCUGUGUGUGCACAAAAAGCUUCGAGCCAAGCGUCUAGCACCUGUUUUGAUUAAGGAAAUUACCAGAAGGGUCAACUUAACUGGAAUAUUCCAGGCUGUUUAUACUGCUGGUGUAACACUGCCAAAGCCAGUUGCAUCCUGUCGCUACUGGCACCGUUCCCUCAAUCCAAAGAAGCUCAUUGAUGUCAAGUUCUCCCACUUGGGUAAGAACAUGACCAUGCAACGGACACUAAAGCUGUACCGGCUGCCAACGGAAACUGCAACAACAGGGUUUCGUAGACUGAAAGUGGAGGACGUAGAUCAGGCCCACACUUUGUUAGAAACUUACCUGAAGAAGUUUGAUCUGGCACCAGUGUUCAGCAGAGAAGAAUUUUUGCAUUGGUUCCUCCCACAGGAUAACAUUAUAGAUAGCUACGUAGUUGAGAAUAAUGGAAAGAUUUCAGAUUUCAUGAGUUACUACACUCUCCCCUCAACGGUAAUGCACCAUCCUACAUACAAGACCCUAAAGGCAGCAUACUCCUUCUACAAUGUUUCAACAGCAACACCAUGGAAAAUACUGAUGAAAGAUGUACUCAUUACAGCAAAGAAUUCUGAAUUUGAUGUAUUCAAUGCACUGGAUCUGAUGGAAAAUUCUCAGUUCCUUGAUGAACUCAAGUUUGGCCAAGGUGAUGGUAAUCUGCAGUAUUACCUCUACAACUGGCGGUGCCCAAACAUGACUCCCCAGAAGGUUGGACUGGUGUUGCAAUAGUCAAAGCAGAUUUAGUAUAAAGCAAUGUCUAUUCCAUCUUGUGAAAUGUGAUGGAGUUCCUAGUUUGAGACUGCUUCAAUUCUGCUCAGUAUUUGGCUCCAGGUUUCAUAUUCCAUUGUAAGGAACACAUACAUAAAGAUAACAAGAACAAAGAAAAUGUAUUUAUAUUCUCUGAAGUGAGCGGCAGUUAAAUUGUGUACAGGUUUCAAGGUCUAUAUACAGUAUAAAUAAAGAAAAACAUGAUUAUAAUUACCACCCUUGGGCAGUCACUUUACCAUUGCCUCCACUAGCACAAUCCUAGGGUCACUGAGGUUAAAUUUGGAAUAUAAGAUGAGAAUGGAACUGUUGGAUUGCCUGUUACGAACCUAUUACAUGUAUGCUCUGUGUAUUGCUAAGAUGCAAGUUAUUUCUGGAUAUGUAAGUAUUUUUUCUCUCUUUUUCCCCCCUUUCUUUUUCAAUUUUCGGAGGAAAAGAAAAUGAAUGGGAGAUUAGUUUACACCCAAUAAAAAGUUAAAUGUUAUACCAUUAGUCCAUCUGUCAUAAAAAAGAAAAGAAAAGAAUUAUGGUAGAAUUAUGAAUUCAGUAGAUAUUUCUCCACUCACCAAGUGAAGAAAAUGCUGGGGCAGUUUUGUCCCUUGGCAGAAAAACUAAACUACAUAAAGCAAAAAACUUACAGGCAUCAUAAGAAUUAUGGUUAACCUCAUUUGUGUGAAUUGUAUGAUGUAAAAACUAUCAAUCUAUUCCAUCUCUCUCUGUUGAUCUGUUUUUCUAUCUGUUUAUCCAUUUCUGACUUUUCUUCCUAUAUUUCUCUUCAUAAUGUCUGGCUGUCUGUAUAUCUAUUUGCCUAUCUAUCUGAGUAUCUAUCUAUCUAUCCGUCCAUCUAUAGAUAGUUAGAUACAUAGAUAGAUAUGAAUAUAGCCAUAGAUAUACAUGUAUAUAAGAUAUGCACACAUUCUCAAAGAUGGAGUGAACUUCACAUGGUGAUUUAUGUAUUGCAAUCCAGGGGUCAGAAAAUCAUGGUCGUCAAUCCAGUGACUUCUGACCACGCCACCAAACACUAGUCUAAGGCAGAGUUAUAAACCAUGUCACUUAUUUACUGUGAUAUCAUUUGCUUGGGUAGAGGCGGAAUAGAAUUGUCAAUGUUAUUGAAUUUUGUUUAAUGUAUGGAAUUGUUGAAGAAGAGGGUUGUUCUAUGCAUUUUUAUUACAUCUCAUGAUAAUUUGUCACUUGUGUAGGUUUUCAUUUAUGGUGUUAUUUUUUGUAUUAUUAUUAUAGGAAAUUUGACAGUUAUUGUGACAGUGAUUGGAAGUACAGUUAAUGAGUGAUCUAUGUCAUUUUUCGUUAUUAUUAUUAUUACUAUUACUCUUAUUAACAUUUUUAUUAUUGUUAUUGUUAUUUUUAUUAUUAUUAUUGUUAUUAUUAUUAUUUUUUUUUUCUUGAAUAGUGUUCAUUGUAACAAAUGUAGAAAAGGUAUGAAUGAAAAGGAAUAUUUUCACAGCACUAGAGAUGGAUUUGACCAUUUUCAUAUAUAUGAAACCGGUCAGAAAUACAUCUUUUACACUUUGAAGAUUUGCAUUUUCUGUCAAAUCUUUUCUUAUUUUUUAUUAUUGUAGUUAUAAUUAAUUUCAUACUUUUUUACAAUGUUUAAAUUCUCAUUUACAGCCUUUAUAAGACAGAAAAAUGUGUUUGUCAUAUGUUGCUGUUUUGCAAAUGCCUAGUAGUAUUAACAGCCAUGUAGUAUGUCAGCUAGAUCAGCUAGAAUUUCAGGGUCCUUGAGAUAACACAAAAGUGCAUUUUGCAUUUUGUAGAAUGUGAUUUUCUAAGUGUCUGUUCUUUCUUGUUACACAAAAGUUUGAAUGGCUAGAAAAAGGACGAGGCUAGGAAAGGAAAGAGGAGGAUAAAAUGAAGCGAAAGGAAGAAUUAUGAUUUUCAUAAUUAGGAAGUAAUGCUCUUAUCUAUUGUUGUUUUAGCUGUUGGAUGGCACAGUAAAGUGGAGGCAAAGCUGAUCUUUCCAGUUUUGAUGUAAGAAGUGUACAGGAGCGUUCAAAUAUUGGAUGUAACAUGCAGCCAGUCCUUUUAACGGUUACAUGUUUUCAGAUAUAAUUGGUGAAAAAAAAUAACACAAUUUUUUGGAGAACUAGUUUAUAUAUAUAUACAUAUAUAUAUAUAUAUAUUUCUACUUUAUGUAAAUACACAUUUGACCUAAUUUUGUUUUUAGUCUACUGCAACAAGUCAUUUAGGAAAGUAAAUUAGUUUAUGCAUAAGAAAUUUUUAUUUUCAAGUUUUACCAUCAUAAGAGGAUAUACCAUUAAAGAAAUACUCAUUGCUUCUUAACUUUUUUUGAAAUAUAUUGUAAGUACAGUAUUUGAAUUGUUUACAAAGGAAAAUGUGCAUAUUUUUAGAUGCUAGAUUUUUGUCCAUUUUAUUGCGGUAAACCUUAUAUAGAAAGAAAAGCCAUACUAAAGAGAGUAGUUCUUGUUGAUAGUGUUCAUACUCUUUUGGAGAUAAUGUAUAAUGGAUAUAACUAAUUGCAGUUCAUAAUGAGAGAAGACAUUGGUGUUUUGUUUGCUUUUGAGCAGUUCCUUCAGCUUUGAGGCUACAGCUGUUUGUUUUAUUGGUCUUUAAUACUUUUUUUUUUCCAAAGUCAGUUUGUGUGAGUGAUUGAUGACUGUGCAAACAUUUCCUGUAUAGAAGAUAAGUAUCAGAUGACUAAGAAAAAACAAAUAGUACCAUCUCUAGCAAUUAGGUCAGUUGAUAGAACAGUGUGAAUUUCUCCUUUACAUAUUUAUAAUUUUUUCAUGUGCCUCUUAAUAUAUGUUAAUUCCUAGCUGAUAAUUUUUCUGAAGUAAUGAAUUACUAUAGAUGAUUUAUAUGUGAUUUCUUCUCAUUUCUGAUUCACUAAAUUUAAGGCUAGAAAGCUUAUCCGUUACAGAGGAGGGGAGGGAAAUUCUGCAGAUGGUUCUGCUUGCUCUGGGUGUGCUGAAGGAAACCCUUUUUUAUAGUAACCAUUGAUUGUUGUAUUUUCUAUUUAUGGAACUUUAUACAAGUAAAGCUGUAUACAUAGAA